UCAACUCAAAGGUCUGGAGUGUCGAUAAACAGAGUUACAUCACAAGAGGAUAAAAGCAAGUCCAGCCUUCAUUUCUUAUACGAUUUUAUCUGCAAUUAAAACCUAAGUAUCUUUUUGUUGGCAAACCUUAGAAUGAAUCAAUCUACUAGUCGAAGCAAUGACUAUCAGUUGGAGCAAUUACACUACAAGCUAGAACAGAGAUCAAGCGAGCAAAUGAUUCUUGAGCCAUUUUUUGCUGCACUUAUUAUGGUACUUGCCGUGUUUGGGAAUAGUCUGGUUAUCUUAACGUUCUACAAGAAUAAAAACCUUCUGACAAUACCAAACUUCUUCGUCUUGAACCUUCUCAUAACGGACUUGUUAAUGGCAUUGACAAUCUUACCGGUAUUUGUUUUGACUCUCGGCAGAGGAAAAUGGAUGUUUGAUGAUACCGUUUGCACUGUUCAAGGUUUCUGGAACUUUACGCUUUUCUCAGUGACACUAUUCACUUUAACUGCUAUCAGUAUUAAUCGGUUUAUUCGCAUAGUAUAUCCUGCACACUACUCUGUUAUCUAUAUAUGGAAGAAUGUAUAUGCAAUCAUAGCUGGGAUAUGGUUUUUCUGUCUACUUUCAAGUACGAGCCCAUUGUGGGGGUUAGGGCGUUACGCUUUUAAUCCAAACACAGCUUUAUGUACAACUGGUGGAGGAAAUGAAAUUUUUCGUUUCAUCUCCCACGUCGUAAUGUUGAUCAUUAUGUUAAUCAUCGCAAUUUGUAACUUCAGAAUCGUCAAAGCUGUGAGGAGCCACUCUAACAACAUCAGUAGAAACAAAAGUCGAACUAAUGGUUGUAUUGUCCAAGAACGCCGAGGAGAGGAAAUUCAUAUUUCCAAAUCAAUAUCAAUUGUUGUAGGAGUAUUUUCAUUCUGCUGGAUACCAACCUAUGUUAUGGAUUCUUUAGAAGCCCACGAUAUCAUGGUGCCCAGGGUAGCACGUCUGCUUGGGAUUUUCACCAUCUUAAUGGAUAGUGUUCUAAACCCGUUUGUUUUUGGGUUGACAAAUAAGAAACUACGAUUAGCCAUCAGGGAGACUUUUAGAGAGACAUUUGUCACAAGGAUUCAAAGACAUAGAUAUGUUUUCCCUUCAAGACCAGAAUUACGUCCUAAUGUCAUUAAUGUUUCACCAAUAAACGUCAUCUCGGCAUGACUUGUGACAUGUCUACCAAGAAAACAGUAAUGAUAAUGUUGAUGGUCAACUUCUAACGCAAUACCGUUUACUAAAUACUACAUACAGUCAAUGUCAUUAACGUUGUCCACCGAAAAAAGACAUUUACAC